GUAGCUCCCCUCCUGCCUGUGGCUUGCGCUGGCCUAGAGAGUAUAGGGCAGAAGGAUGGCAGAUGAGUGACUCCGCAUCCAGAGCUGCCUCCCUUUAAUCUAGGAUCCUGUCCUUCCUGUCCUGUAGGAGUGCCUGUCGCCAGUGUGAGGUGAGACAAGUUUGUCACACAGGGCUGUCUGAGCAGAUAAGAUUAAGGGCUGGGUCUGUGCUCAGUUAACUCCUGUGGGCACAGGGGCUGGGAAGAGCAAAGUCAGCGGUGCCUACAGUCAGCACCAUGCUGGGCCUGCCGUGGAAGGGAGGUCUGCCCUGGGCGCUGCUGCUGCUUCUCUUAGGCUUCCAGAUCCUGCUGAUCUAUGCCUGGCAUUUCCACGAGCAAAGGGACUGUGACGAACACAAUGUCAUGGCUCGUUACCUCCCUGCCACAGUGGAGUUUGCUGUCCACACAUUCAACCAACAGAGCAAGGACUACUAUGCCUACAGACUGGUGCACAUCUAGAAUUCCUGGAAGGAGCAGGUGGAGUCCAAAACUGUAUUCUCAAUGGAGCUACUGCUGGGGAGAACUAGGUGUGGGAAAUUGGAAGACGACACUGACAACUGCCCUUUCCAAGAAAGCACAGAGCUGAACGAUACUUUCACCUGCUUCUUCACCAUCAGCACCAGGCCCUGGAUGACUCAGUUCAGCCUCCUGAACAAGACCUGCUUGGAGGGAUUCCACUGAGUGAAACCCACUCACAGGCCUGGCCAUGUGCUGCUCCCACAUUCCGUGGACAUCAGCACUUCUCUCCUGAGGACUCUUCAGUGGCUGAGCAGCUCUGUACUUGUUUGUUAUCCUAUUUUGCACGUGUUUGAGAUCUCAGACCACUGUUUUAGAAAAUCCACACAUCUUAAGCCUAAUCAUGUAGUGUAGAUCAUUAAACAUCAGCAU